AUGCUGCCAUACAAGUGCGCUAGUUUACCAUAUGCACCAGACGAAAUGCAGAAGUAUAACUACACUCUUCACGCCGGACGGUGGAGUGCGAAGUACACCCUGUCCAGACAUCUGAAGCGCGACCACUUGGAGGAGAGGGACUACGGCUGCCAGCUGUGCCCCUACAAGUGCUUCACCAACAACGAGCUGAGGGUCCACAUGGUGAAGCACAACGGCGAGAGGAUCUUCGAGUGCACCGUCUGCAAGAAGUGCUACGCCAGGAAGAAGACCCUGAAGGAGCACAUGCGGAUACACAACAACGACAGGCGGUUCUCCUGCGCCCUCUGCGGGCAGGCUUUUGUGCAGAAGUGCAGCCUGAAGGGACAUAUAAAGACCCACCAUAUGGAGUACAGUAUGCAG